AUGGACUGUAUCUUCAGUGAUCUCUCCUAUGAGGAACUGCGUUGCUCUGCUUUGCCUAGGAUUGGAAUGCAGACGGCUCAGUCGCUGGCUAUCAGAGAAGCGCACAGCGCGACAAAAGCGCAAGCGGUCGAACUGAUCUUAACUUACAAAAAUGAUGGAAACCUGGAGCGUCGACAGGCUAUUCAAUGGGAGGCAGGGUCGGAGAAUGUCUGUCUUGCUUCGACAAUAAGUCCGGCAGAUCCUGUGCCUCCGAAAUCAGCCAAAAAGGACGUACAGCAUCAGCAGAAGCAGACACUCAACUCGUACUUCGAGUCCCUGACCAGCGGCUGUCGGAGAAAUGUCAACAACAACUCGCCCAAUCCUCUCCCGAUGUCUGAGAGGCUUCAGCGAAACGUAGCAAAGCUCCACGAGGCACUUGUUACCGGACUCAGCAGCAUUGUAGACACUUGGUGGACAGAUGAGCAGGCUGCUUUCCCGCAGCGGAUGCCACUGGAACCGCACGAGGAGGAUCUUCUGCGCUGGUUGCAUGAGCAAUCACAAGCAAACAACCUGAGGCCGUUCGAGGAUUGCCAAGGACAUUGGCGAUCUGACCUUCUGCUUCCUUCAGAUCACCCUGGCACUGUCGCGAUUUGCGAGAUCAAUGCACGCUACUCCAUCAAUGCACAGCUUCUUGCGGCCUAUGGCUAUCAGAUAUACGAGGAGAUGGCAUGGCAUCUUAAAGAGGCUGCGUCUUUGCAGGUGCUGACGCGAAGAAGGUAUGUAACGAGUCCAUUAUCGCUCCUAGCCACUGUUGACAAAUCUGACGAUGAACAGUUUGUCAAAAGUCAACUGGAUCUCUUCGACCCCAAGUAUCCGGUUCAUAUUGUCCGCGACCAAUACCGAACACCCUUUAUCGAAAUGUUCGUCUCUUUCGCCAAACAGAACGGAGGAGUUGAUGCGACAAUCAACAAACCAACAGACCCCCGGUUGAUCAAGAGCAAGGAUUCGAAGGCGGGAUAUGUGCUUUACUGUCUGUCCGACCGGGACUGCUCCGACAUGGUCAGCACUGACGGAGAGCGUCUGGACCGUGUAUAUCAAACUGGACUUCACCUAUUCCAACAUGAACUGCGCUCUAUCCCGAUUGACAUUUUGCGACACCUUACGUUGCACUGCGUCAAUGAUAUGCGGAGUGUUCCUCUGAUUCACGAUAAGCGAAUUCUGGGAGUGCUCCUCCAAGAGCUCGAUAGUCUUGUCGGCAAGAAUGUCCUUACAGCAGAGCAAGCGGCAGUCCUUCGGCACGGCGUCGUACCUAACAUCAACCCUGGUUCUCCAGAGCUAAAUGAGUUGAUCGGUCCGCACAUUUAG